AUGUCGAAACGUUCUUCUGUAUCGAAAGCAUUACAAUCUGGCGGCAAUCUUUUGUAUAAUCAUAAUCAUAGACGUGGUACAUUAGCUGAUCCGACGUAUAUCAUCACUGCCGAAACGGCUUUUUCGCGUAUGCAUGCUAAUUGCUUCCUAUUGAUACCACUAUUACCACUUUAUCAGACCUCAUUGAAACAAAAAAUUCGAUUAACGACACGUAUAAGUGAAAUAGAUUAA